UACACCGAGUCAAACGACCGACCAAUCACAGGCCUCCUAACAGUCGCUCAAUUCGUACGGCGCGUCUGAUUGGUGGAAAUAUUGGCCACGGAACACAUAGGAAGAGCUGUAAAAGCUCAGUGUGUAAUGUGUACUAAACGCAUGUGCGGGUAACAGAAGUGUACGGACUCAUUCAGAUUCAGUUGGUGUUCAUCAUGCAGGCACACGAGCUGUUGAAGCAGGUGAGAAUCCCUGAUCUGACGGAGUUGAGAGAUUAUCUCCGCAGUCUCUCCACCAACACUCUCCUCGGCAUGGGCGCGUUUACAGCUAUCACAGCGUACUGGUAUGCCACGAGACCCAAAGCCCUCAAACCUCCGUGUGAUCUGCAAAUGCAGUCGGUAGAGCUGCCGAGUGGAGAGCUCGCGCGCCGGUCUGCGAUAUUAAAUGGUGAUGCGCUCUUGACUCAUUUCUACGAUGACGCCAAGACGAUUUACGAGUGCUUUCACAGGGGUCUGAGGGUGUCGAAUAAUGGUCCCUGUCUGGGAUCGAGAAAACCAAAGCAGCCAUAUGAAUGGCUUUCUUAUUCAGAGGUGAUCGAGCGAGCGGAGCUUUUGGGUUCAGCAUUUCUUCACAAAGGACAUUCCAAAAGUGGAGAUCCCUACAUCGGCAUCUUCUCUCAGAACAGACCAGAGUGGACAAUUUCAGAGUUGGCCUGCUACACCUAUUCUCUGAUAGCAGUUCCUCUGUACGACACCUUGGGCAUGGAGGCAAUAAGUUAUAUCAUCGACAAAACAUGUAUCUCUACGGUCAUAUGUGACGUGCCAGAGAAAGCCAGACUGCUGUUAGAUUGUGUUUCUGGCCAACAGCACACCGUAAAAACCCUGAUCCUGAUCAAAGAGUUUGACGCUGAUCUAGUGAGCAGAGGACAGCAAUGCGGGAUCGACAUCAUCAGUUUGCGAGACGCAGAGACUAUCGGCAAGACUCAUCGACAACAGCCUGUGCCUCCUAAGCCUGAUGACUUGGCUUUAAUUUGUUUCACAAGUGGAACCACAGGAAACCCUAAAGGAGCAAUGCUUACUCAUAAAAACAUUGUGUCCAACACAGCUGCCUUCCUCAAAGUCACACAGAGCAGUUGCCCCCUUGACCCUCAGGAUGCACACAUCUCUUACCUGCCGCUGGCACACAUGUUUGAGAGAGUCGUACAGGGUGUGACUCUGUUACACGGCGCACGUAUCGGAUACUUCCAGGGUGACAUUCGGGCUUUGAUGGACGACCUCACAACUUUGAAGCCCACCAUAUUCCCUGUCGUUCCUCGUUUGCUGAACCGCAUGUAUGAUAAGAUCUACGGACAGGCCAACGGUCGUCUGAAGAGAUGGAUCUUGGAGUUUGCGUUCAGGAGGAAAGAGGCAGAAAUGAUGAGGGGAAUCAUGAGAAGAGACAGUCUGUGGGACAAAAUCAUCUUCAAGAAAGUCCAGGCCAGUGUUGGUGGUCGCGUUCGGAUGAUGGUCACUGGAGCUGCACCCAUUUCAGCACCUGUUCUCACCUUCCUAAGAGCUGCACUGGGCUGUCAGUUUUAUGAAGGUUACGGACAGACAGAAUGCACCGCGGGCAGCACAGUUACAGUACCAGGAGACUGGACGGCAGGUCAUGUUGGUGCUCCUCUACCCUGUAAUGACAUCAAGCUAGUAGAUGUGGGAGAGAUGAACUACUACGCCACUAAUGGAGAGGGAGAGGUGUGUGUGCGGGGUCCUAAUGUUUUUAAGGGUUAUCUGAAGGAUCCAGAGAAGACACAGGAAGCUCUUGAUAAAGAUGGCUGGGUUCAUACAGGAGACAUCGGCAGGUGGCUAGCAAAUGGCUCUCUGAAGAUCGUGGACCGUAAGAAGCACAUUUUUAAGCUGGCUCAGGGAGAAUACGUCGCUCCUGAGAAGAUUGAGAACAUUUACAUCAGGAGUGAAGCUGUAGCUCAGGCUUUCGUUCAUGGAGACAGUCUACAGGCGUGUCUGGUUGCCAUCAUAGUUCCUGACCCAGACUUCCUCCCCGGCUGGGCCAAGAAGAGAGGUAUAGAGGGGACCUAUGAAGAACUGUGUAAAAAUAAGGAUGUAAAGAAAGCCAUUCUGGAGGACAUUUUAAAAUUGGGUAAAGAAAGUGGACUGAAGUCUUUUGAACAGGUCAAGGACAUUGUUCUGUACACCGAGAUGUUCUCCAUCCAAAACGGCCUUCUGACACCCACCUUCAAAGCCAAACGUGCUGAACUUAGGAACCACUUUAGGGCACAAAUUGAUGAACUUUACUCCACCAUCAAAAUGUAAACACAUUAUUUCAGAUCUGGCUUUUUUGACAACUUCAAGAUCAGAACACUCACCCAAAGACUUUUAAUGAGCUUGUUGUCAACUGACUAGGCAUCAGUUUUUGUGCCUUCCAUAUCCUUUAGAAAAACAUUAUACAAUAUACCAUAGAUCAGUUCUGUUACUUGAAAGUUCAUUUCUCAGUUAUAAUGAGCUUUAAAUAUUCCACCUCAGGGAGAAUGUGUUGCCUUUUAAAAGAAUAGUUGACCCAAAAAUACAAAUUCUUUCAUCAUUUACUCACCCUCGUGCCAUCCCAUAUGUGUAUGACUUUGUCUUCUGCUGAACACAAACGAAGAUUUUCAGAAGAAUAUUUCAGCUCAAGUCUACAGGGUCCAAAACUUUGAAGCUCAAAGGCACAUAAAGGCAGCAUAAAAGUAAUCAACUCGACUCCAGUGGUUUAAUCCAUAUCUUCAGAAGUGAUAUGAUAGGUGUGGGUGAGAAACGGAUCAAUAUUUAAGCCCUUAUUUCCAAUAAAUUCUUCUCCCUGCUCAGUAGGUGGCGACUUGCACGAAGAAUGCGAAUCAACAAAAACAAAAGAAGAAUGUGAAAAUGAAGACUGAUAGUAAAAAAAGACUUAAAUAUUGAUCUGUUUCUCAUCCACACCUAGCAUAUCACUUCUGGAGACAUGGAUUAAACCACUGGAGUCUUAUGAAUUACUUUUAUGCUGCCUUUAUGUGCUUUUUGGAGCUUCAAAGUUUUGGACCCUGUUGACUUGCAUUGUAUGGACCUACAGAGCUGAGAUAUUCUUCUAAAAAUCUUCGUUUGAUGAGAGAAUUUCAUUUUUGGGUGAACUAUUCCUUUAACUAUUUAAAGAAUAGGGAAUAAGCCAAAUAUCCAAGAAGAUAAAACCAAACAAAGACCUCAAUAACAACCUAAUGCGGUUGAUGUGUAUAUAAGACAAACUUGCCAACAUGCUUUACAAACCUCCAUUUUUAAAACGUUUGUGACCAUAAAAUGGUCCAUUAUUGUGUAUGUGUGUGUUUGUGGAAUAUUUUAGUCUCAGGGGAAAAAAUGUGCCUUAUUAAUGGAAAUCAACUGUGUUUGAGUUGCAUUUAUGAGGGAGGAAAACACAGCAUACAUGUAUCAUUUCACUCAACAAAGCUAAUAACACUUUAGCUCAUAAUCCACAUGAUGGGAAAAUACACAGUCACCACUAGAUGGAAAGUGAGACAUUUUUUUUUCUCAGGAUGUUGUCUGGUUAGGUUAAUUUGCUCAAAUAUUUACCUUCCUGGACACCUUUUUAUCAGGAGCGAAAUGGGGAAAAAGGAAAUCGUUUUAGUUUUUACUUUGUGGAAAAACAGCCAUUGUUGGUGUUAAACACAGACCAGUAAAGCCAUUUUAAAGUGUGAACAUAUAUAACCUUCAUAAAGUAUUUGUAUACAGUAGACAACUGCUCUGCUCUUGUCAUCUUUACUGUUUGUUGGCUUUAAAUUAAAAUGAGUGCUUAACUUUUGUUUAUGUGAAGGCUCAGAUAAUAUGACAUAUAUCUGUUCAUACAAGUGUAAUAUUAAAUAGGUACGACAUGUCUCGUAUUACUAUUCUGCAAUUAUCUGCAUUUAAGGAAAGCGGUUUCCACAUGUGUCCAUAUUAUUUCAUUAAUAUUUGGUGCUUCAUAUUCACAGUAAUAUUAUGUUGUUUUUUUGCUAAGUUUGUUUUAUUCAAGUGUUUGCUCUUCUGCAAUAUGAUCUGUAGAUAAGCAAAAGUCAUAAACGUGUGUGUGUGUGUGUGUGUGUGUGUGUGUGUGUUACGAGCAAAA